CCAUGGUAGAAGAUGAGUCUUAUUGUUUGUCUGUUGGUUUUUCUCUGCUGUGACCUGAAUUCAGGCCAGCCCGAGAAUGACAUUCAAAGCGAGCCUGUCUGCCAUGAUUCCUGCUUUCUUCAGAAAGAGCUUGCUGCCAUGAAGGAAAAAAUGGAAGCAAUGGAAACUAUGCUGAAAAACAGUGAACCCAGGCUCACCAGCUGCGAAAGCCAAAUUCUGGAGCUGAAAAAUCAAGCAAGCAUGAAUGUGAUGUUCAGUGCAGCAGUAGGAGGAACUGGAAGCACUGGACCCUUCAACACAGACACAACUUUAAUCCACGGAAAAGUUAUUACAAACAUCGGUGGUGCUUACAGUCCAUUCACAGGUGUAUUUACUGCACCUGUUGCAGGCGUUUAUUACUUUAGCAUCUUCUAUCAUGCUGGAGGAGACCAUGAGGGAAAGCUGCAUCUCUACAAGAAUGACCAGCUGAUCAUUAUGACCCAUGAUCAGAUAUCACACUCUGAUGGAGCUGAUAAUGGAGGAAAUGCAGUGUUCCUGCAGCUGCAGCGAGGGGACCAAGUGUUUGUCCAACUGGCUGCAAAUUCACAUGUUUGGGGAAAUGGCCAACACACAACGUUCAAUGGUUUCUUGGUCUCUCAAAUGUAAAAAAAAAAAAAAUCAAUAACUUUCAAAGGAUUUUGAUCGAUGAGACAUUUUACUCUUAGAAUUUAAAAUCAAGAGAUGUUCUUACUUCUGUAUACCCGAAGAAAUAAAUCUAUCUGACAAAAA